AUAACAGAUAGAUCGUUUCAACCUGACACGAUGGGGAUUAUGUAUGAGAAGCGACCGCUGAAAAGGUCCCGUUUAGGGCCUCCUGACGUGUAUCCUCAAGAACCACAACAAAAGGAGGACGAACUCACGUCCACCAAUGUAAAACAUGGGUUCUCAACAACACCACAGUCAAGUGACGAAUUCGGAACUGCAAGAAACUUUAACUAUUCUGCAACUAAGAUAGGACAAUUUUUCUCCUCAAUAUUAUCUAAAAAAGAGGAACUAAAUACUCUACCUGACUGUGGACGAAAAAAACAACAAGUUAAUCCCAAAGACAACUUCUGGCCUGCCACAGCACGUACUAAACCUCAAAUAGAGGCUUGGUUCAAAGAUUUAGCUGGUAACAAACCAUUAUCACAGCUUGCAAAGAAAGCACCAAACUUUAACAAGAAAGAAGAGAUAUUUAUAACUCUCACAGAAUUUCAAGUUUCUAUGCCAAGAGCUGCCUGGUUUAUAAAGCUAAGUUCAGCCUAUACUGUGGCUGUGUCAGAAGCAAAGAUAAAAAAGAGGCAGCUACUAGAUCCCACCACAGAAUGGACAACAACUUUAAUCAAAUUUCUGAAGGACCAAAUACCAAAGUUAGCUGAGCACUAUCAAAAUGCUGUGCCUGGAAGUAUAUCUGAUAAAACCCCACCUUCACAGUCAGGACAAGGUACUCCAAGUCACAAUUCAUCUGGUAAUCCACCAGGAGGCUCCACUCCUAAUUCAACUGUCCCCAACUCAAUGCAUUCUCCUGGGGCAUCAAGUGCCUUAGGGUCAUCAACUCCGAAUUCCACAGAUAGCACUGAUUGGCGACAGGCCCUCAAGCUAUGGAACUAUUGCUGUAGAUUAGCCAAAUAUUUGCUUGAUGAGGGUUUACUAGACCGCCAUGACUUUCUCACCUGGAUCAUUGAAUUACUUGACAAGAGAGCACCUGAAGAUGGUUUGCUAAGGUUGUUCCUACCGCUUGCACUUCAACACAUGGGAGAGUUCGUAUGCUGCGAGGGUUUGUCACGUCGUCUCGCGACGUCGUGCGCCAAGAAGGCUGCGUCAAUCUGUUCGGUGCUGUCAGAGAGUACACUGCGGACUUUGAACCAACCCGCAGUGUUCACCAAGGCUGUGGAUAGAUCGGGAGAAAAUAUAUCUCCAAUGUCGCCAGCACCCGACACCAACGGCGACGUGAAACCCAACAUAUCACAGAUAAAGAGAUCGGCCACGCCAGCAGAACAGAGUCAGGGCACACCGAAUCCCAACCAUUCUAUGGGCACGCCCAAUCCGAACCACUCAAUUGGCACCCCGAACCCCUUGGGAACUCCGAACCCCAUAGGAACCCCGAAUCCUCAACAACCGAUGGACGUACAAGUGAAAGAAGAGAUUGAGACUCCACCUAGGGACCAGAAAACUAUUCUGACCACUGUCAUAACGGCAGCAUUGAAUCCCGUGCAAGUUGGCUUCGGGGAAAUCCUCAACUGUCAGUACCAUAGAGAUGUGAUCAUACAACUGGCAACUAUUCUACAAAUCAUCAGCAUCGAGUGUCCUACUGCUAUGGUCUGGUCUGGGUGCGGAUCUUCACUCCAAGGCUCCCCUCUAGAUCUGCUACCAUUGCCACCGUCAGCUCUGCCGAUGCCACACAUGGACAGUGCUGUUACUGAAGAUCAUCGAAGGAUGGUUUAUGAAGCUGAACAAGAAAUCGCUGCCAGAAGUAAGAAAGCUGAAAGUAAAUGGUGCACGGACAAAUGGCAAACAAGUUCUCAAGCACGCGUACUCGCCGUGUUAGAAGCACUGGACAGACACUGCUUCGAUCGCGUCGACACUAACAAUAACUUGGAUACGUUGUACAAAGAAGUUUUUGCUAAUUGCGCGUCACCUACCAAAGACUCGACAAUAGACACCAAGGAUCCGGAAUGGGCGUGCUCAUACGCAGUGGUGAAAGUUCUUUGCGAAUGGGCGGUUUGUGGCGCAAGAUUCGGCGAGCACCGCGCUCAGGCCGCAGCCGCGUUACUGGACAAGAGGCAACAGCUGCUGCAUCAACACCACGACCAUCACGCCACGGGUUCCGAUGAUAAAGAGUCUGUGAGUUCUGGUACUGGCCUUUACAGUGGACCACCCAUCUUUCAAAACCUCUUGCUGCGAUUCUUGGACAAUGAUGCGCCCGUUUUAGAUGAGAGUCCGAACGCGCCGCCCGGUAACAGGCAGCAAUUCGCCAAUUUGGUACAUCUCUUUGGCGAACUCAUUAGGCGAGAUGUAUUUUCACACGACGCUUACAUGUGCACUCUCAUCUCUAGAGGCGACUUAAUAUCUCCCACGGAACCAACCUCCACGAGCAACUCCGGAAAUGGACACACAGUAGCGCCCCCAGCGAAUAGCACAGGAACCAACCAUAAUAUGGAUGACGAUAUCUUCGCAGGAAUUGAUCUCAAACCUCCGAAAAUGGAGGAAAAUGUCAGAAUGGAUUUGGACGAUUCAAAAAUCGACGAUGACUUGGAUAAACUUUUGCAACAUAUCAAAGUGGACCAACAAAAUUCAAUGGAUGCUCCCGACAGCCCUAAAGAUCCUGGUGAAACAUCACAUAGUGUCACUUCGCCUAUGAUGGGUCCAAGCGGUAUGAGUAUUCCUGGCAUGCCUUCCAUGUCUAUGGGACCAAUGUCUGUUCCAGGCAUGCGUACGACAAGCGCGGGCCCCUCCAGCGUUUGCGCGGCGCCUCCGCUGGUGUCCCGCCACUACCACUACACGAUGCACUUCCCUUUGCCGCCCGCGGAGCCCGAGCAUACGCCUCACGACGCCAAUCAACGCCAUAUAUUGCUGUAUGGAGUGGGCAGGCAACGAGACGAAGCGAAACACGCCGUCAAGAAAAUGACUAAAGAAAUUUGCAAAUUGUUCUCCAAGAAAUUCUCCAUCGAUGUGGCGGAAGGUGGUAAAAUUAAGAAGCACUCUCGCAGCGAAUUUAAUUUCGAAGCCGUCACGCACAAAUUCCAGGCGAUGUCUAUGUACGAACAAGGCGCAGUCUCGUGGGCGGUAGGCGGGGCCGUAUGCGAAGCUUUAGCUGCUUACGCUGCCGGAGCGACCACUUACUUACCGCAACCAGAACACGUGGCCUUCGCGCUGGACCUCAUGGAAAUCGCUUUAAAUGUGCACGGACUCAUCGAUACAUGUAUACAGAUACUGAAGGAGUUGUCUGAAGUGGAAGGAGCGUUGAUAACCCGCGGCGCGCCCAGUAGUGGGCUCGCGGCCCCACGCGCUUAUACGUCAGCACUAGCUCUCUACACCGUCGGGGCACUGAGGAGAUAUCACUCGUGUCUACUGCUAUCCAUGGAGCAGACGUCCGCGGUGUUCGAGCAACUGUGCCGUCUGGUGAAGUGCGUCGUGAACCCCGGCGACUGCGGCUCGGCGGAGAGAUGCGUGCUGGCGCAACUGCACGACCUUUACAAGGCGGCCGCGCACCUCUGCCACGCCCCGCACGCGGACACCUUCGCCAAUGCCUAUCCUAAGAUCAAACAAGCUCUCUAUUCUCCACUGCAGCCGACGCCUUCGAACUACUCAUAUAACCCACAGUUUCUUAGUGAAUUUUUCACUAAUCCUCGAAAAGGUAAAAUAGAAAUAGCUUGGGCCCGUCAAGUGGCCGAGUCGCCUGCUAACAGAUACAGUUUCGUGUGCUCGGCUAUGUUAGCCGUUUGCCGAGAAGUGGACAAUGACAGGGUGAACGAGCUGGGCGUGCUGUGCGCGGAGAUGACUGCCUGGUGUAGCGGAUUGGCGGCCGAAUGGCUCGGGGCUUUAGUGGCUCUAUGCGGCGCUCAGCACUACCCUCAGGCGCCGCACGCCGCGCCCCCACCCUACUACCCCGACCUGCUGCAUCACCGCGACUUGCACGACGCCGCCGCGCACGACGCGCUCGCCGUCUUCACCUGCAUCCUAGUCGCUCGUCAUUGCUUUUCUUUGGAAGACUUCGUCCGGCACGCGGCCUUGCCGUCUUUGGUGAAGGCGUGCGGCGGAGCCGGCGUUAGCGGCAAUCCGGCGAACGCGCCCUCCCCAGACACCGGCGCGAGGCUCACGUGCCAUUUACUACUGCGUCUCUUCAAGACUGUAGACACGCCGCAGCCCGGCCUAUAUUCAGUCUCCACAUCGCCUGGUCCCGGAGGUGGGGCCGCGGGAGUUCGCUUGUCUUGUGACAGACAUUUGUUAGCCGCCGCCCACAAAAACAUCGGCGUUGGACCGGUACUAGCCACUCUCAAAGCAAUACUCAUGGUGGGUGAUUCUACUGCACGAGACGGUGGUAAAUCUGGCGGAAAAAAAUCAUGUGAACUUUCCCACAUAUUGGGAACCAGCGAUACAGUGCCUACAGAUGCUCAACUUGAUCUCAUGUCGAUGGUAGAGUCAGAGUUAAGUGGGGGCCAUAGAACGCCUAGAGGAUGUGGCGGAGUAGGGUCAACCCUGUUAGACUCUUCUCAAUCGCUGUCGUCGCUUGCACGUCGCGUGCUCGCCGAGAUCUGCUCAGAAGAAUGGGUACUGCAGAAGUGUCUACAGAAUCCCGAUGAACUUUACCAACCUGAUAUGCUACUCGAUUCCAUGCUGACACCCAGACAAGCACAAAGAUUGCUGCACAUGAUAUGUUAUCCUGAUUCUGCGAGUCACACACAUCCCGAUCUCGAUCAGAAGACUAUGAUCACUCGACUUUUAGAGAACCUAGAGCAGUGGUCGCUGCGUAUGUCGUGGCUGGACUUGCAGCUGAUGUUCAAGCAAUUCCCUAGCGGUUCUUCGGAACUGAGUGCUUGGUUGGACACCGUGGCUCGAGCCGUUAUCAACGUUUUUCAACAACCUGCGCCGCCACCACCUGAUAAAGACAGAACUGGCACAGACCGCAGCGUAGUAAGCACGAGCAAGUGGUCAGAAUCGGUAUGGUUGGUCGCCCCUCUGGUUGCUAAACUACCGCCCGCCGUGCAAGGCCGCGUGCUCAAGCAAGCUGGACAGAUCUUGGAGAGUGGAUGGGGUGCGGGUUGCAGUGGCAACUGUUCAAGCGGCAGCGGGAACAGCGGCGGCUCACAUCGUGACUGCAAAAGUCACCAGAGUCCGAGUUACAAAGGGUCCUCCAGCGGCGGUGGCAGCGGUAAGCGAGGCGUCGGUUCUAGCGGAUGCGCGACCGCUUGCAACUGCGGCGGCGGCGGCAACGUGCGGCUGGCCAACGAGCCGCUGUUAUCACUCGUGCUGACCUGUCUGAGGCAUCAAGACGACCAGAAGCAAGAGAGCCUCCUCAGUUCGAUUCACGCACAGCUGCAGCAUUACUUAACUCACGCGCGGGAUCACGAGCGCUCCGCCUGCAGCGAUACAUGGCAAGACGAUGCGGCGCCCGAAGCGCUGCAGCUGCGCUUCUCGCUAGCGGGCGGCAUGUUUGACACCAUACGGAGGUCAUACCAGCUGAUCUCCGAUUGGGCGGUGCUGCUCACGCAACUGGUCGCGCACCAAGUCGUCGACGCGUACAAUAAUAGUUUGUGUCACAGCAACCUGUUCACAACAUUGAUCGACAUGCUCGCCACACUGAUCCACUCCACGUUGGCCGACGGCGGCGACGAUAACAACCGUAAACACUACCAGAAUCUAAUGAAGAAGUUGAAGAAGGAGCUGGGCGAUAGACACGGGCCCUCGGUGCAGGCCGUACGACAGCUGUUGCCGUUGUCCAAGAACACUAUUAUAGAGGUCAUUGCUUGCGAACCCCUUGGUUGUUUAGUCGAUCAAAAGGGAAAUAAAAUCACAGGCUUUGAUAGCGACAAGAAGCAGGGUCUUCGGCUGACGGACAAGCAGCGAGUGUCAUCGUGGGAACUAGUUGAAGGCGGACGGAACCCCGCCCCCUUAUCGUGGGCGUGGUUCGCCGCCACCAAGAUUGAGAGGAAACCGCUCACUUACGAAAAUGCACACAGGUUGUUGAAGUAUCAUACACACAGCCUCGUGAAACCUUUGAGCUACUACUUGGAACCUCUGCCCUUACCGCCUGAAGAUCUCGAGACAAAUGACAACAAACAGGAUAAUGGCAGUUUAGAUUCCAGUCCAACGGGAGCAGGGAAGGGUCGUUCUAGAUCCGCGCCAUGCAAAAAGAUUAAGAAGCAAAAAGUCACUACUCCCACAAGUAGCACCAGCGGGCCGGGUAGCAACGGCAGUGCGAACGGCAUGUCGGCGGCGCCCGCGCAGCAACCACAGUUCAUGCAGCAGCAGCAGCAGUGGUUCCCUCCCCCGGGGCAGAACUACUACAACCCGCCCGCUGGCGUUAGUCCUAGAGGAGUAGCUCCACCGGCCAACACCCAAUCAAAACAAGCGCUCAGCAACAUGUUGCGACAGCGUUUACCAUUUAAUCAAAUGACGCAAAUGCAGGGAGCUGGUUACCCGGGUACACCGCACGCUAGAGGCCCAUUCCCUCGACAAGCGAUGAGGCAAAUGCAACCUAACCAGAUGGGACAGAUGCAACCUGCUCAAAUGAAUCCUAUGGGAGGCAUGGCCGGCAUGGGUCCAAUGAGUCAGAUGGGUGGUGUUCAAAUGCCGGGACAGAUGGGCGCGGGACAAAUAGGAGCUAGUCAAAUGGGAGCAGGCCAAAUUAACGCGGGGCAAAUGGGGGCCGGCCAAAUGGGCGGCAUGGGUGGCCAAAUGUUCGGCAAUCAAUACGGCGGUAUGCAGCAAGGGUACGGGUACCAACAGCAAAUGAUGCAAGGCUCACAGCAGCAGAUGAUGAACCAGGGAAUGGGUCAGGGUGUAAACCAAAUGGGCCAACAAGUGAAUCCGAUGAAUCAGGGUGUCAACACGAUAGGCCAAAACGUUGGCCAAAUGAAUCAAGGUGUGGGCCAAUCCGCCCAAAUACCUCAGGGUAUGGGGCAAAUGGGUCAAGGCAUGGCGCAAAUGGGGCAGCCCAUGGGCCAGAUGGGUCAAAUGGGCCAAAGUGGAGGAAUGGGGGCGAUGAACACCCAAGGCGGUACAAUGGGCCCGCAGGGGGGUAAUGCUAUGGGAGGAUUCCCUGGACAACAAUCAUUCCAACAGAACAUGAUGGGCGGCAGAGCCAGUCAAGAGGCUUACUUAGCUCAGCAAAGACAAAACGCACGACCGCAAUAUAUGCAGGCGCCUAACGUAACUAUGGGUGGUAUGGGUGGGCCAGCGCCCCCUUACCCACGAGGUAUGCAGCCCCAACAAAGCGCCCAGUACCAACAACAGAUGAACCAACAACGGAUGCGGCAACAGAUGCUGGCCAUGCAACAACAGCAGGGGCCACUGCAGAGCAAUCACGAUAUCCAGAUACCUUGUAGUAGCAUAAUGGCCAAUCGCCAGCAUAAAGAGCUACUAAUGAAAUACAAGCAAUGGCAACCGUACCAACCCCCGAAUUAAAUGUGCUGGGAAGUAAUAUGGUCACCACUAGAGCGGUCAAUACAAACUGCAUUCGGCAGCAAAUGUGAUGGAUGGGGUAAAAUUUAA